GAUCCUGCUUGCACAAUACCCAUACCAUAGAUAUCCAUAGACCAAACCCUCCCAGACACCCUUUCCAUUCCAUUCCAAACUUUUCACCAACUACUCACCCCCAUCACAGCACCACCCUCACAAUCACGGGACAAUGCUCAAGUCAACGCUCCUCCUCCUCCUCCCCCUAAUCCUCGCCCACUCUACCACCACCACCGCCCACCAAAGCCAGACGGCGGACCCGCCAAAGUCAUGGGCAGAACAGCACCUGGAGCAGGAACACCACAUCAACAACUUCGACCCAGGCGCCUUCUUCACCCUCCACGACUUCGACUCCUCCGGCACCUGGACGCGCGCAGAGGUCCUGCGCUUCUACGGCUUGAGUCAGCCGGACAGCACGUUCAGCGAGGAUACGAGGUCGCACGUCUGGCGCACCAUCCUCGACUCCAUGGACUUCAACCACGACGGCGAGGUCUCCAGGGAGGAAUUUCAGUCGUUUUGUGAUGGUGGGAACACGUUGCCAGAUUUCGGGUUGGGACCUGGUCAUCACGGUGAUGAUGAGUAUGAGUAUGAGAUUCAUCACUUUGAACAAUAUCAUAAUGAGGAUACUACUGAGGAUGAGUUGACACAUCCUGAGGAUAUUGAGCAUUUCCGGAAGCACGAUCAGGAGCGUGAGGCGGAGGAGAGACAGGUUGCUCUCGAGAUGAAGCCCAUCGUUGAGCAGAACAUUCCGAGAAAGUUUUUGGUGGACGGAGCCUAGUAUGGUAGGUGUGUUGGACGGGCAUGAUGGGGGCUGUGUGUAUGUAUAAAGGAUGCAUUUGAAAACGGGAGUCUGAGGUUAUGUUUGCUUAGUUAGUUGAUCAGCUAGUUACCUCUAGCCUGGUGGUAAUAUAUAAUACCUAUGCUGUACAAAAAAAA